AUGGUCCGGCGCUCCAAGGAGAUGGGGGCGGCCUCGCGAGUCGCCUCGGAAUUCGCUCCGACACCGGCCCCGACAUUGAGCACUAAUGGGUCCUCCAAGGGCAUACCAAAGGGCGCCGCGUCGCCAAAUACCAACUACUGCCAGUACCUGGGUAGUCUCGUCACCGCGCUCUACCGCGCGGCGCGGAUUCCGAAACUGAUGGGCGGUCCAAAAGUGAUUAUCGAUAAGUCAAGUGUCAUUGUGUAUAAAUGCAUCAGAUUUGUGCUGCUGAUUAUCGGUCUGGUGGUAUGCUCCUGUUACAUUUUGCCACUGCAUAGAGGCCCCCGUGCGGUCUUAUACAAAUACUUUCCCAAGACCAAAUCUUCACUCCAGCAAAAAUGGAUCAAUAAUGCGCCAGAACGUCAUAUUAAAGAUACUCCGGUUGAUGUAUUUUUGCCAUAUCUCGCCACCGCCCCCGUCAUCAACACAACAAGCUUCAAAGCCAAUGAAGCAGUAAAUGUUGGAAGCGAAACUGUGGAUGAGUACAAGAUAAUAAAUAUGGCAAGGCACCUCGAAGCAUUAACGAACGCUACAGUUUCAUAUCAAUCAGGCCAACCAAAACUAAUGCAUGAGGCCCUCGACUCCCUGUUUGUAGAUAUUCUUCCCCACGUUCACCGUGAUGGUUCUCCCGUCUCACUCGAACACAUUCUCUAUUACGGAUUAUUCACAGAGCGAGGGUCUUAUUUCCCUCGAAUUCACUGGGAUCUUGAUUGGUCCCAAUUUCCCACUGCUGAUGGAUUCCAAAUCUGGUUCCUCAUGAAAGAAAAUGACGGAGAGGGAGGUAACAUGUUCCUAGCUUCGACCGAUGACGUGGACAGAUAUGAUCCACCUGUUUAUUACAUAGCAGCUGAUGAUGGUAGCAUCAUAAAAACAUUGAACACUGCCGGUUCAUUCCCAACCCAACCCCUGAAGACAUUUGCGGAUGUCAAUGAAUCAGGGCUAGAGUUUCGUUAUUUGGACAUGCAUGCUGGCGAUUGUUUGAUUUUCAGCAAGCGCACAUUGCACAUGAGCGACCCCGGACCUGCUCUCUCUAAUCUCCUUUCUAACCGAGUGGCCUUGAGGUUGGUGGUGCCUCUUCUCAGCAAGAACAAAGACACGAUUCCAUUUUUUUCGAACAGCCCAAUUGCGAAAUUAACCCCCAUGAAUUCAGGUUUAAAGCACAUGGCACUUGAACUAGCUAAGAAGGCCAAACAGGUUAGCAAAAGUAUUAUCCACGUGCCGGUCUCCCGUUAUGACAUGCUAGAUUUGUCUGUAACGCCGUGGUGA